CUGUCCGGGCUACACGGAGGUGAAAAUCAAACACACCUUGGACUCUGCUACACGUCACGCACCGGAGCCCGAGUAGCGUCAGUUAGCCAGCGGUUAGCAUCUGGCUGCUCAGAAAUGUCAACUUCUCCCCAACAGGCGGGAUUCUCAUUUAUUUAUUAAUCAUGCAGACAAGUGAGGAAACCAGGAUGGAGCCGUGGAGCAAGCUUCCCUCCGCGCACUUGAUUUGUAGGAGAAAGUAAACGAACAAGUUGAAGACAAUCUGCACCAUGGGAAGGAUCAGCUUUUCGUGCCUUUUCCCAGCUUCAUGGCAUUUCAGCCUGUCGUCCCAGGUUCUUCCCCGGCUCCUCAUACCCUCCAUCAGGCAGCUGCUCUUCAUCGGCCUGGUCUUCUGCCUCAUGGGACUGCUCUACCUGCUGCUGGUCGCUGGAAAGGGGCACGUCAGCUGGAUCAGAAAGGAAAAUCACUUCCAUAGGCACUUAGCAAGGGUUACUGAUGUGGAUGCAACAGAUACAAGCAACCCCAACCUGAACUACGGCCUGGUAGUGGACUGUGGCAGCAGUGGCUCCAGGGUGUUUGUGUACUGCUGGCCCCGGCACAAUGGUAACCCCCAUGAACUGCUGGACAUCCGGCAAAUGCGAGAUCAACACCGCAAACCUGUGGUGAUGAAGAUCAAGCCAGGUAUCUCUGAAUUAGCGAAAACACCAGAGAAAGCCAGUGAUUAUAUUUACCCACUGCUAAGCUUUGCAGCCCAACAUAUUCCCAAAAAUAAGCACCAAGAAACACCCUUGUAUAUCCUGUGCACAGCUGGAAUGAGAAUCCUUCCUGAGAGUCAGCAGGAAGCUCUUCUUGAGGACCUGCGCACAGAUAUCCCAGUCCACUUCAACUUCCUAUUCUCUGAUUCCCAUGUGGAAGUGAUUUCUGGAAAACAAGAAGGUGUCUACGCAUGGAUUGGAAUAAACUUUGUCCUUGGAAGGUUUAACCAUGUACACAAUGAUGGGGAGGCUGUAGUGGAGGUAAAUGUUCCAGGCAGCGAUCAGCAGGAGGCGCUGAUGAGGAAAAGGACUGCUGGUGUCCUGGACAUGGGCGGCGUCUCCACACAGAUUGCAUACGAAGUGCCCAAAACUGUAAGCUUUGCUUCUCCACAGCAGGAGGAAGUUGCCAAGAACUUACUGGCAGAGUUCAACUUAGGGUGUGACGCUCAUCGCACAGAGCAUGUUUAUCGUGUUUACGUGUCCACCUUCCUGGGUUUUGGAGGAAAUGCAGCACGCCAAAGAUACGAGGAGAGCCUCAUCAGAAAUACUACCACUCGAAACAAGCUUUUAGGUCAGCAUGUAGGUGAGACUGCAGAGUCUCCUCUUCUGGAUCCUUGUCUCCCCACUGACCUGCAGGAUGAGAUCAGUCAGUCUACACAGAAGCUAUAUCUGCGAGGCACAGGAGACUUUGACCACUGUAGACAAAUUCUGCAGCCAUUCCUCAACCGCACCAAUGAGACCCAAACCUCCCUCAGCGGUAUCUACCAGCCAACGAUUGACUACACCAACAGUCAGUUUUAUGGCUUCUCUGAGUUCUACUACUGCACCGAGGAUGUGCUGCGCAUGGGUGGAGAUUAUAAUGCCUCCAAAUACGCCCAGGCUGCCAAGGGUUACUGUGCCACCCAGUGGAAGACUCUGAGGGAACGCUUUGACUCUGGAUUGUACGCCUCUCAUGCAGAUCUACACAGACUGAAGUACCAGUGUUUUAAAUCGGCAUGGAUGUAUGAAGUUUUGCACUCAGGUUUCUCUUUUCCAACCAAUUAUAAAAACCUGAAAACUGCCCUACUGGUCUAUGAUAAGGAGGUCCAGUGGACUCUUGGAGCUAUACUUUUUAGAACACGGUUUCUACCUUUGAGGGACAUCCAGCAGGAAAGUCUAAAAGGACUGCACUCUCACUGGCGGCACAGCUUCUCCUUUGUCAACAACCACUACUUAUUCCUGGCCUGUUUCUUCAUUGUGUUUUUGUCUAUUAUGCUGUACUUACUGCGACUCCGCCGCAUUCAUCGACGCGCCGUUCAGCGCUGCACCCCCUCCUCUGCACCGUGGUUGGAGGAAGGCCUCGGCUCGCCAACGCUCCCAAUCAACCUCUAAACUUUGUAGAGUGUAAAGUCUGAACAGCGUAUCUCACUUUCCAAAGCCAAUAUUCACUCCUUUUCUGUAUCUUUAAAGGCUGCUCUCAACUAUUUGUUAAGAUGGUACUGAGAUUUGGACAAAUGACAAAAAUCUUACAUGAGUCUUCAGGCUUUCUGAAGCAAUAUCUGUGUUUAAGUUAUUUUUGAUUUUUUUUUUUUUUUUUUUUUUAGAAUUCAUGUUGUUGCCAGCCACACUUUGUCAAAUUCAAAUGGCAGCUGCCUCCAAGUGUCCUCUAUUUUAUUUCUGAAAAGACAAACACAAUGGUACAUUUCUCUCUAGAUAAUCCAGACCCAAAUAAAUACCUGGUCUACAUGCUGAAUUUUAUGAAGUUUGACAAACAUACCACGGUGGCAUUUUAUUUCAUUUUGUGAGUACUUUGUGAGUACUAUGUGAGUACUUGCCUUUCUUUAUGCCUUUUUACAUGUGCAUGAACACAUCUUUUUUGUUGUUGUAGUCAUUGGAUGGAAUAAGCACUCUGCAGAAACCUCAAAUGCAAUAUGAUUUAUAAUUAGUAGAAGGAGCACUUUUCAAUGCAGUUGAGAUGCACGUCUCAGCUGGAAUGGUCUGUAUUUUUAAUGUGUGUGUGUAUGUCUUUCCGCCUCAUAUUUAUAUUGCGAGACAAGUAGUCUUUAACAGCUAUAUUAGUGCAAUACAUGUCUCGUCACUGUUGGGAGAUUAUUCAAAACCCAUCUGCCUGUUUUUCUACAUUAUCAGUCUCUCUUAAGGCUCUGCUGAAACUCUUGUGUUGGGUCAUCUGACUGUUGGGUCAGAUACCAUUACAUGUAUUUAUGUUGGGCUUCAUUUUCAGAAGCUGUCAUAUCACUGCUGUGAGAGGGGUUGUCAAUGAGAGCACAUGCCCUAUUAUUUAUAUGAAAUUGGUCUAAUGAAAUGUUUUCACAGAUGAAUGCAAAGUAAAUGUUGUGACAUUGCAAUUCAGUAAUAAAAGUUUUAUUGUAAA